CCCUCCACCACGUCUCCAAGGCCGCCCUCCGAGCGUCGUCGAGCAGGCGAUGGAUGCAAACGACCGCGGCGCGGAACGCGAUCACCAAGUUCGCGAUGCCGGCCAUGUCGCCCACCAUGACGGAGGGCGGCAUCGCGUCUUGGAAGAAGAAGGAGGGAGAUACGUUUGAGGCGGGUGACGUCCUGCUCGAGAUUGAGACGGACAAGGCUACCAUUGACGUCGAGGCGCAGGACGACGGUGUACUUGGGAAGAUCAUCGCGCAAGACGGGGAGAAGGGAAUUCCCGUGGGCAAGACCAUUGCCCUGCUUGCGGAGGAAGGAGAUGACAUCGCCAACCUCGAGGUCCCCGCGGAGGAGUCCGCAUCUUCCACACCUCAGCCCCCGUCCAAGCCCUCCCCUUCGCCCCCCGCCUCCACGCCUUCGCCGCCCCCCUCGAAGGAGUCAGCGCCUGCGCCUCCCUCCGAGUUCCACGUCCCCAAGACUUCGCGCCCGCUCUUCCCUUCAGUUCUGCGGCUCAUCCAGGAGCACCACAUCUCUGGGGACGCCGUCGAGAAGAUUACGGGCACAGGUGUUCGCGGAAUGCUCACCAAGGGCGACGUCCUGACGCACCUUGGGCUCGCGUCUUCCCCGACGGGCACGUACCGCGAGACCCCCGCGCCCGACGUCAAGACGGACAAGAAGGUCGAGAAGAAGGAAGACGCUGCGCCGCUGGAUGGCGCUUCUAUCCGCAGACUGAUCGUCGGGAGCAUGCUCGACGCGUCGACGAAGGCGCGCGCCGCAGCAGUGCCGAAGGUAGAGGCCGACUUCGACUCGGUCAUUGCGGACUACUUGCCCCCGUCGAAGCCGAAACCCGUCACCCCCGUCCCGGCUUUGACUUCGACGCCCAAAAGUGUCUCCUUCAUAGAUGGGUUGAUCUAAUGUAUAUCAACGACCUGCUAAUAGAUUACUCUAUGCCGC